AUGCAUAAACUAUCGGCACGAUUACAUAAAAUUACUUUAAAUGCAUGCGGAAUAAUCGAUCAAGGUUGGUCAUGCGUUGCUGAACAGUUUGAUGCUCAUGCAACUAUUCAUAGUAACCUGGGAUCAGCGAUUGCCGACGAUAUUGUUCAACCACUUCGUGCAAUCUUCAACUCGCAACAUCAGACCAUCAAAGCGACAGAACAGCUGGUCGAAAGGGAACUGAGAAAAUUGGUUGACAAACGAUCGGAAGCUGCAAAAAUCAAACGACAAUUACACAGUUGUAGUCGUGACCUUGAAAAAGUGGAUCAGCUUAUUGAUAACGAUAAAACAUCCAAUAUUAAAUUAUCAGUUAAAAAACGAAAAUUAUUGGAUCAGGUAAUUAAGUUUGAGCAAACAUAUAUCGAAGAGACACUGAGUGCUGAAAAACAACGUCGUAACACUGAAAAUGUGCUCAGACGUGGUGUUGAACGUCUGGAAACUGUUGAACGCCAACGACUGGCACAUUGUCAGACGGCUUUAGGACGAUUUCAACGUAAGGUCGCACAACUUGGACCAAAUUUGAACCUGAUGUUUGAAAGGCAUAUGAAUGCAUUGAACGGUGCCGUAAAUGCCGAUCCGUUGGUGCAUAUUGGUUCUAUUGUUCCCACCUGUUCUGCCAAUCAUUCUAUCUUUUUAUGCGAUUUUCAUGCAGAAAAUUUUGGUGAAGUAAUGGGCAGCGAUAGACGACGUUGGGCAUUAGAACGGGUAAGUGCAACGUUGCAUGAUGAAGCUGACAAGGUGAAAGCAGAAUCCAAUGAACCCAUAGCCGUCAAUAUUGCUGACUUUGUGAGCGAACUACAAUUCUUGGAAUACUUAGCUUUCAAGGUAGACGAAUCAUUGAAAAGUAUAGACGGCACCCAAAAUCGAGCGUACCAUAGACUUGCUGCCUAUCAGCAACGAACAAAAGACAAAAUGGGUUUACCACAAACAAUUCUAAGUAUUCCACUGGAAGAAAAUAAAAAGUUACUGGCAAUACAACCACCUAGUUUACCGACGACAUCAAGUACCGACGAAUAUGAAUAUGAGCAGAUAUACAAUGAUGGGCCACUUAUUCAAAAUCAAAAUAACAACACCGAACAGUUACCGUCAACAAAUGGUGACCAAGCUGAAAUGCAAGAAAAUUUGAAACAAAUUUGUCGGGUUUUAUAUGAUUUCAAUGCAACUUCUGAAGACGAGCUAGAUGUACGAGCCGGAGACUGUGUUAUCGUCGAAUCUCAGUUAGGCAGUGACUGGUUAAUAGGACAUAUAAUAUCCGACCUAACCAACGGCUCAAACAUUUCAAAAACUGGCCGUUUCCCAGCUUCAUAUGUCACUUAA